UUGUUUUUUUUUGGGGGGGGAGUGAAUGCGUACACGGUUCAUCUUUGGUAAAUCGUGAUGACCACUGUGAAUGACAUUUCGUUUGGAGACAGAGAUCCCUGAGGAAAUGAAUUGUCCCGUAUUGUGUUGUAUGUGAUGUGUUUCACGUGUUUGCGCACCACAGUGAGGUAGUUUGACUGACACGUGUUCCCACGGACCGUUAAAUGCCCGGGAUCCGGAUCCUUUGGGUGAUCUAUACGGUGGAUGCGGCGGAAAGAAAGGCCGUUCUGUGAUCACCGGGAGCGGGGACAGUAUGAAGUAUCUCAGAAAGUGGAACUGCACCCGGACCAUUUGGAUUAUUUAUCCAGAGAUGAUUCUUUUUCCAGUUCUUUGGUUUUUAUCUCAAACUCGGGCGGCCCCGUCUAUAACAGCCGAGCAGAUGGAUAUGGGGGUGGAUUGGCUGAGCAAGUUUGGCUAUCUCCCACCCCCUGAUCCUGUGAAUGGACAACUACAGACUAAGGAGGCUUUGACAAGGGCCAUCAAAGCCAUGCAGAGGUUCGGAGGCCUGAAAGAAACUGGAGUGCUAGACCAAGCAACCUUGGGCUUAAUGAAGACCCCUCGCUGCUCGCUGCCAGAUAUGUCAGAGCCGGAUAUGUUAGCAGGCAGACGAAAGCGAGAGCUAGCUCCUCAGAAUAAGUGGAAUAAGAGGCAUCUUUCUUGGAGGGUAAGGACGUUUCCAAAGGAGUCAGCUUUGCUGGGCCGGGACAUGGUGCGGGCACUUAUGUACUACGCCCUGAAAGUGUGGAGUGACAUCGCUCCUCUCAACUUCCAUGAGGUGGCGGGGAAUGAGGCGGACAUUCAGAUUGACUUCACCAAAGCGGACCAUAAUGACGGAUACCCUUUCGAUGGACCCGGUGGCACAGUAGCCCACGCAUUCUUUCCCGGAGAACGAUUCACAGCGGGCGACACGCACUUUGAUGAUGAUGAAGCCUGGACCUUCAGAUCGCCAGAUUCUCAUGGAAUGGACCUUUUCGCAGUGGCAGUGCAUGAGUUUGGCCAUGCCAUAGGGCUCGCACACACUUCUGCCAUUGAGUCCAUCAUGAGCCCUUACUACCAGGGGCCAGUGGGUGACCCACUCAAGUACAACCUCCCGUACGAAGACAAGAUUCGCGUCUGGCAACUUUACGGUGUUCGGGAGUCCGUAUCGCACACGACGCAGCCAGAUGACCCCUCUCAAACGGCCGAACCUCCCGUCCUGCUUGACCUCCCCAAAAACAGAUCCACGAUACCACCUGCCCAUGAUGCCCCUGACAGAUGCACUAGUCACUUUGAUGCUGUAGCCCAGAUUCGAGGGGAGGCCUUCUUUUUCAAAGGGAAGUAUUUUUGGCGUCUGACACGUGAGAAGCACCUGGUGUCAUUAAGGCCAGCUCAGACCCAUCGCUUCUGGAGGGGUUUGCCUGCCAACCUGGACAGCGUGGAUGCUGUAUACGAGAGACCUGGAGACCAUAAGAUAGUGUUCUUUAAAGGUGGGAAAUAUUGGGUGUUCAAGGACAAUAAUGUUGAAGAGGGCUACCCACGGGCUGUCACUGACUUCGGACUGCCUGCGGAAGGAGUGGAUGCAGUAUUUGUCUGGCUGCACAAUGAGAAGACCUACUUCUUCAAGGACAACCAUUACUGGCGCUAUGAUGACCAUCUGCGACACAUGGACCUCGGCUACCCAAAAGAUACGGCGCUGUGGAAAGGGAUCCCACCUCAACUGGAUGAUGCCAUGCGGUGGUCUGACAGAGCGUCAUAUUUCUUCAAGGGAAAGGAGUACUGGCGUGUGGCAGGCAGUGAUAUGGAGGUUGAAGCGGGUUAUCCGCGUACCAUCGGCAAGGACUGGCUGAUGUGCACGGAAAUGCAGUCGGACUCCCCGGAGAUGCAGAACAACUCGAACACGAGGCUUCACGGGCAGCACCACGCAGACCAUGCAGAAAAUGGCUAUGAGGUGUGUUCCUGCACUUCGGACUCAGCCUCCCCAUUGGGGACGCAACUGACCUUCUCGCCCGCCUGGGUGUUAGCGCCACUCUGGACACUCACACUCGUUCUCUCCUCUGCUCUUCUCUGAUAAGGGCAGAGCCACAGGCCUGUACUCAAAAAGACUCCAGGAGCAGAACAUACAGCAGCCUGUGGGUAAAGAGAGUGUUAAAAAGUUCUGGAAAAGCCUUUUGCCAGCACCGGACUGAUGGAAAGGCCUCAGCACUUCAGUCAAGGGGGAUUGGAUCACAUUCACAUUUUCUUUUUCUA